CAGUGUUGACACUGGUAGAACACUGCUGCCCACAGACCAUGAGUGGUGAGUUUAUCAGUGAGAGGAAGAGCCACCUGACAGACAGACAGAGGAGCAACUAGAAACCAGAGGACAUCUGUGACAGCUACUGCAAAGACCUGAGGAUUGGUUUGAUGUGAUCAAGUUUCCUUUUUCCAACUCAAAUCUGGCCUCAGCAUUUUGAAUAAGAUGUGAUCAGCCAGCAGGAUUUUAAAGACGGCGGGUAAGGAGGGUAAUGCAAUAGUCACUGACUGAAGAUGAAGAGUGUCUCCACACACUAUAUCAGCCUUUCUUGAGGUGAUAUUUCUGCUGUGGAUCACUGAGAGUUAUUGAGGCCUGAGCCAUGCGUCUAGCUGUGGUAACUGCUGUCCUGCUGUUGGUGUGCAUCCUGGACACUGUGACAGCCAGAUUUAGGUUUUAUCCUGCCAUUCAAUGUAAAUCCUAUCCUGACAAGCCAUGCGGUGGAGGAUGGAGCCGCAUUGGUGCGAAACACUGUGCUAAAUUCUUCUGGAGUAAAAAAACUUUCAAUGAUGCACAGGACUACUGCCGCAACAGCCAGGGGGGUCAUCUGGUUUCAAUCCACAAUGAGGCUGAGAUGAUGAACGUGUAUUGUUUGAUCUCACAUGCCAGGCGUUAUCUUCGCAAUUCUUUUUGGAUUGGACUCAGAAAAACAGGGAACCAACACGUGGGCUGGAGGUUUGGAUACACUGAUGGAUCUGAAUUCAAGUACACUAGGUGGCAUCGUGGUGAGCCAAACAACAGCGAUGGAAAGGAGCACUGCGUCGAGUCGAACUAUAAAAACUGGGGAUACUGGAAUGAUAUACGCUGCUCAGACAAGAAAUACUUUGUGUGCGCCAAGAAUAUGUGAUCAUCAGCUGAUUUCACAUUUUCAGUCAGUGUCGACAUCGACAGCUGAUCAGCUGUCUUGCAGUGGGACCAGUUUGUUUCAUGAUAACACUGCAAACACAAGCUUUUAAAUUUACUGCAAUAAACGCUUCAGCAUUCA